CCCCUACACUCUCUCACAUUUCCACACCCAAACACCAAACACCAAAACCAUAAACUCUCUCUCUCACCAAAGCUUCAUCCUUUGCUUUUUUCUAUUAACCAUGACUAAGGAUGUUGCAGAGCAUGGCUCAUUUCCAGCCAAAGACUACCACGACCCACCUCCAGCACCGUUGUUCGAUCCUGUGGAGCUAACCAAAUGGUCCUUUUACAGGGCUUUGAUAGCUGAGUUUGUAGCUACUUUGCUCUUUCUAUAUGUCACGGUUCUGACCGUGAUUGGCUACAAGAGCCAGAUUGACCCUGCCUUGAAAGGUGAUGCCUGUGGUGGUGUUGGUAUUCUUGGGAUUGCUUGGGCCUUUGGUGGCAUGAUUUUCGUUCUUGUUUACUGCACUGCUGGGAUUUCAGGGGGUCACAUUAACCCAGCAGUGACCUUCGGGCUCUUCUUGGCUCGUAAGGUGUCGCUGAUUCGGGCCGUGUUGUACAUGGUGGCUCAGUGCUUGGGAGCCAUAUGUGGUGUUGCGCUCGUCAAGGCCUUUCAGAGUGCCUAUUAUGUAAAGUAUGGUGGUGGCGCCAACUCUCUCUCAGAUGGGUACAGCACUGGCGUUGGAUUGGGCGCCGAGAUCGUAGGGACCUUUGUGCUUGUGUACACCGUCUUCUCUGCCACUGAUCCCAAGAGGAAAGCUAGAGAUUCACACGUUCCUGUUUUGGCACCACUCCCCAUUGGAUUUGCGGUGUUCAUUGUUCACUUGGCCACGAUCCCAGUCACUGGCACUGGCAUCAACCCCGCUAGGAGUCUUGGUGCAGCUGUUAUCUACAACAAUGACACGGCCUGGAAAGACCAUUGGCUCUUUUGGGUUGGGCCAUUCAUUGGUGCAGCUUUAGCAGCUUUCUACCACCAAUUCAUCUUGAGAGCUGGUGCUGCGAAAGCUCUUGGGUCAUUCAGGAGCAACUCCUCCCAUGUUUGAUUAACAAAGAGGGUUAAUUAUUUGAUUCCUUCUUCGUGGUUCUACUGAGAAAUGACAUUGGAAGAAGGAUUUGAUGUGUUUAGAAAAGAAUAGUAGGGUUGUGCUUAUGCUUGUGUAUGAAUGUUUCUUUGGCUCUCUUGAUUUCCUUAAGAGGGUUAAGGAGCAUAAAAGUGUAGGUUAAAGUCUCUUUGAGAAAAGGGGCCGAUUUUUUUUUAUCCCUCUUGUUCUUCUAGAAUUUACUUAUAUGUUGUCCUUUUCAACUUAUGUCUUUGGCACAUUGUACUCGUUUAUGCUUUUAAGUGAAGUUUGAGCUAUGUGGAUGUUGGUCAGUGUUCA